AUGGCUGUGGGGGUGUGUGCUGAGGUCAGGGAGGCCCAGAAGGUUUUCUCCUUGAUCCUACUGCCAAAGCAGAAAGGCUUAAGGAGCAGUGGCUCCACAGGCAAUAAGGAGCUCAUGAGGAACCUCACCUCAGCACCAGCUAGAAUGCACUACGGCUGGUGCCAGGACAGAGAGCUUGGGGUCCCACACUCCAGCCAGGACACCCAGCUGCAGCUGGAUGAUGUGGUCAGGACCAAAGAAGACCUGAGGAACAACAUCACAAUCACAGAGCAGAGGAACAACCUCUUUCAGGAGGAGGUGGAGGAGCUGCAGGCAGUGAUGGAGCAGAUCAGUCAAAGCAGUGAGAGGGUCCAGCUCCUCCACUCACAGAACACUAGCCUUAUCAACCAGAAGAAAAAGAUGGAGGGUGACAUCUCCCAGCUGCAGACAGAGGUGGAAGAGGCCAUACAGGAGUGUUGGAAUGCUGAGGAGAAGGCCAAGAAGGCCAUUACUGAUGCAGCCAUGAUGGCAGAGGAGCUGAAGAAGGAGCAGGACACCAGUGCCCACCUGGAACGGAUGAAGAAGAACAUGGAGCAGACCAUCAAGGACCUGCAGCUGCGGUUGGACAAGGCAGAGCAGUUGGCCCUCAAGGGAGGGAAGAAGCUGAAGGACCUGGUGAGCAAGCUGGAGAAUGAGCAGAAGUGUAAUGCCGAGAAUGUCAAGGGCCUCUGCAAGUCUGAGUGGUGCAUCAAGGAGCUCAGCUACCAGGUGUAG